AUGGAGGGUACGGCAUCUGCAUCAAAUCCUGCUUCGCCUACAGCGCAGAGUGUGUCUGCGCCCCAAACGCUAGAGAUCUUGGGCAACAUGCUUCAACAGACCCAAGAGCAGAACAAGGUGUUCAUGACAGCAGUGCAAGCCAUGUCUCUAGAGCAGGAGAGGCAGGCUUCGAACCUCAAGAGUGCAGUGAACAGCUUGCAAGACCGGGGUUCAUCAGGAGCCAACUUCUCGAAACUGUUGCAGAGGCCAGAUGUUUUUCGUCCAAAAGACAGAGAGGAGGAGCUCACAUUGUGGUAUGAGUGGGCAUGGACCUUUAAACAGUCGAUGCUUGCUGUCAGUCCUGAAAUACAUGGUCAUCUGCUAGAGAUUGAGAAGGAUUUGGGGAGAGAGAUGGAUGAGUUUGAGGUGAGUGAUGAUGCCAUGGCUCUGAGUAACAAGCUGUAUGCCGUUUUGACCACCAUGUUGAGAGAGCGUCCAUUGCAGUUGCUAAGAAGUGUGCCAAACAACAACGGCUUUGAGGCCUGGCGGGUAUUGCAUACCACGCUGGCCCCUACAAGCAAGACACGAGCGUUGGCACUGUUAGGAGCGAUUUCCCAGUAUCCCAACAUGUCGCAAGGAAAUUUGCUCGAACAGCUACUAAAGAUGGAGGACCUCUUCAAGAAGUACGAGCAAGCGGCUAACAAGCCGGUGCCAGAGGAGGUGAAGUUUGCUUUGUUGUUGAGAGUUUUGCCUCAGUCCGUGAAGUCCCGCUCGACUGUGAGUAUCACUGACGAGUCCACGUAUGAUCAGAUGCGCGAAGUGAUUUUGCGUUGGGAGCGGUCGUCACAGAAGUGGUCAUCUCAGAUUGUCACUGGGAGUGCGCAGUUCAGGAAUCAACCUAGUGAUGAUGGCGGUUUAGCUCCUAUGGAUGUGGACAGGGUCAAGGGCAAGUGGGGCGACAAGGGCAAGGGUGGCUUUUCGGGCAAAGGUGGCAAGGGCAAAGACGGGAAAUCGAAGGGAACGGGCUAUGGUGAUCAGAAGGGGAGAGGCAAGUAUGGUGGAGGAAAAGGCCAAGGAGGGGGUAAUCUUCAUCCAGAGGCUUGUCGAAUUUGUGGCAAACACGGUCACUGGGGAAAUGAGUGCUGGAUGAAGGACGAGCGCGUGUUCAACUGGGAAGCUGAUGAUGCUCGCGAUGCUCCUCUCACGACGAUCUUUGAGAUGGCGAGCGAGAGCUCCGAGGUUCAGUCCGUAGCAGAGUCCGAGUGGUGGUGCAGAGUUGUUCAGCACUUCGAAGUUCACGCAGAUGACGAUCUAGAGGUCAUUGAUUGUUCACUGGAGGGUUAUGCGUGCCAUGAUCUCACCAUGUUUGAUGCCUAUGAAGCUGACUGUGACUGGUGUGCGGAUGUGCAAGUCAGGGGUGUCAAAUACCACAGCAAAGCACGAGUAGAACCCUUGGUGGAUGGCAGUCAUCAUCAGGUCGUGUUAGACAGCGGGGCUGAUCUGAGUGUGAUGCCGAGAGCUUGGUUGGAAGCUGGUUAUGGUUCCGAGAACACGGCAGGGCCAGUCGUGAGAAUGAUGGAUGCGCAAGGUGGGCUGAUGGCCAACCUUGGGAGCAGAAAGGUGACUUUGGAUUUGGGGCAGGCGUGUGUUCAAGAAGUGUUUCAUGCGUCUGAUGUGAAUGUUCCUUUGUUGUCACUGGGCCGAUUGCUGAAGAAGGGGUGGAGCCUUGAGCACAGGUGCAACAUGUUGCACUUGUGUAAUGACGGCGAAGGCGUGGAGAUCCCCGUGUCCUUUAAGCAGAAUAGCUUGGUUGUCGAUGCGCAGGUGUUUGCAGUGAGAGAGGAUUCCAAGGUCCAGGCCGUAGAUCAACCACGCAUCGUUGUUCAGACAACAUACAACAUCCAUUCCCAGGCCCCGAGUGGAGUUUCCUUGAGUGCGGUGACCCGAGUCCAACUGUGGCAGUAUAGAACUACUCUGGCAUUCAGGGGCAACGAGUGGGAGUUGAUUGAUUACGAGGAGCCCGUUGCAGACUUGGAGAACCUAGCAGAGUCCAUUGAAACUGAUGAAGACAUUCCCAUCUUCACUGUCAUGCAUCGCAGCAAGGGCAACGAACCGGAUCGAUAUGGCAUGGAGCUCAUUGCGGCUAUGCCCAAACGGGAUGAAGGCAGUGUUGAUCCAGUGGCGAGUGCAUUCUUUGGCUCUGACCCUGUGGACGAAGAUGAGGUGAUUGACCUACCAGCGGGAUGGACCUCGGUGGCGGGGUUGAUCUGCCAGGUGUGGAUGCACUUGAUGCGGAACAGGGUGAUAGGUUCGAAGAACGUCCUCUACCGGAGACUGGUUGCGCACUCAAAGAAGAGAGCUCUUGAGGAUUCAUUGGCUUUGGAGAACGCGGCUAGACCACAUGUUCAUCAACCCAGGGGAGAACCGGUGCCCGAGCAACCAACGGAUGAGCAAAGAGCCGAGCACGAGCUCACCCAUGUGCCGUUCAAGAAGUGGCGUGAUUAUUGUGUGAGUUCCAGGUCACGACGGGAUGCCCAUCGGCAAGAAGAUGAGCGGCAUGACACCGACGGUGGGGACCCUAUCAUUGCCUUUGACUUCUUUUAUGUCGAUGUUGGCGGUGAGGAUCUUGAGUUCAUGACCAAGAAUACGGGUGGCAAGGACCUCCUCACAAUCUUGAUUCUUGUGGACAAGAGAGCUGAGCUUCGGAGUGAUGAUGAUUUGGUGGGAUGGGCGUUUGUGCACGCCUCGAUGUUGCACAAUGCCUUUUCUGUGCGUGCAGGCACAACCCCGUAUGAGAGAGCAUUCGGCAUAGCAUACAGGGGAAAACUUGCAUGCUUCGGUGAGGCAGUCUUCUUUGCCGUGAAUCAGAACCAUGUCCGAAAAGGGAAGCCGAAGUUUGUGAAAGGCGUGUGGUUGGGGAAGACGUUGACUAACGACUUGAAUGUGUGCGGUACGGCGCUGGGCAUCUACUUGUCAGGAACAAUUCGAAGGAUGGCUCCAGAUCAACAGUGGAGCAAGCAUAUGAUCAAGGAGUUCACCGGUAAACCGUACAAGCUCUCGUUGAGCACCUUUGGCAAAGUUGUGAUCCCGGGCAUGAAGGACAAUCGGACGCCAGAGGCGAUUGAAGCGGUGCCUGGGCCUUACCCAUUGCCAGCUCCUGAGAAGAAGAAGCCGGAGUCACCGAAAGAUGAAGCAGGAGGGGCUACAUCGCAUCAAAGCUCUGGGUCUGCGUCUGCAGGCAUGAAUGAGGCUGAAGGUGAAGGUGGAAAGAGUUCGAAGAUUUCGGCCGUGACGGUGGAAGGCGAAGAGUUGUAUGUGUUGGACGAGCACUUAGAUCUUGAUUUCCCUGUCGACGAGGAAACGAGUGCCUACUAUGAGGAUGUGGAGUUCGAGGACCAUGGUGAAUCGUGGCAUGGAAGGGGUGAGAAAGAUGGACCCCCAGAUUUAAGCCAAGAGGAGCUCGAACAAGUGGAUGUGGCCUCCCAGGCCCAUGAAGUGAAGCGAUUGGUUGAAAUGGGGGUGUUGGAGCAGGUUGAAGCUCUGCCCCCAGGUCAGUGGCAGCGAAGUGCGCGCUUGGUGUGCAAGCAGCUGAAGGAGCUCAUGGAAGCUGCAAUCAUUCGACGUGAAGGACAACAGCCGGCCGCAGCUUGGUGGUCGGAACAGUUGACAGAGGAUUUGAAGGAGACCGGAUUGCUCCCAGAUGCGGCUUGUCCAUCUGCGUUUGGGGUGGAAGGUGUUGGGGUGAUGAUUCAUGUCGAUGAAGGUCUCAUGGGAGGAGAAGAGUACUACCUGGAGAAGGUGAGAACCCUUCUCGAGCGCAAGUACAAGCUUCAGGUUUCAGAUGUUGCAUUCAAUGUAGGUGAUGCAGUCAAGUUCCCAAAGAAGGAGUUUGUGAUAACCGAUGUCGGGAUUGAGGUCAAGGUGAGUGCACAUUACUUGGAGAAGAUCUUCGGCAUCCUUGACAUCAAGAGGUGUGUGAUGAAGAGAUGGCGGGAAGGUAUCGUGGAGCCAUAG